UGAAGGGCGUGCUUUUUGCACUUUCGUUUUUUAUCGCCUUAUCUUUAUAUACUACAUAAAAAUAUGUUUAUUAAAUAAAAUACAUACAAGUUUACAAAUAAAGAAUACUUUAUUUAUUACUAAUUAUAACUGACUGUGAUAAAUUCUUUGACCGAUUUUGUUAAGUGCUGAAGCUAAAGAAUGCUGAGAGGAAGGGUUCAACAUUUGUUGCACUGUAUAUUGUUUUUGACGUUUAUAUUCUGUUCUCUCGUAUUUGCGGGUGCUAUUACACUAGAUGGAAAGGAAAAGCCCUAUAUAGAACCAUGGGGUGCUUACGGCAUACAAGGUACAUUAAUUUUGUACAUCCUUCGGCUUUUGACUUUGUUAACGAUACCACAAGUUUUUUGCAAUUUUGGUGGGCUUUUGUUUUUCAAUGCUUUUCCGGGAAAAAUUAAAUUAAAAGGCUCUCCACUACUGGCCCCAUUUAUUUGUAUAAGAGUGGUAACGAGGGGCGAUUUCCCCAAUCUCGUAAAGGAUAAUGUCACAAGAAAUAUGAAUUUGUGCUUAGAUGUUGGAAUGGAAAAUUUUAUGAUCGAAGUAGUCACUGACAAAGCAAUAAAGUUACCAACUCACAGACGAGUGAGAGAGGUGGUAGUGCCACCUGAAUAUAAGACGAAAACUGGUGCAUUAUUUAAGUCUAGAGCAUUGCAAUAUUGCUUGGAAGAUAAUGUUAACAUUCUUGCUGACAAUGAUUGGAUUGUGCACCUAGAUGAAGAGACAUUGUUAACGGAAAAUUCUGUGCGAGGAAUAUUAAACUUUGUAUUUGAUGGGCGACAUCAGUUCGGUCAGGGUCUUAUCACUUAUGCCAAUGAACAUAUUGUCAACUGGCUCACGACACUGGCUGACAGUUUCCGUGUUGCUGAUGAUAUGGGUAAAUUGAGGUUCCAGUUUUAUGUCUUUCACAAACCCCUGUUUAGCUGGAAAGGAUCUUAUGUUGUCACUCAGGUGUGUGCUGAGAAGAAGGUGUCAUUUGAUAACGGCCUGGAUGGGUCUGUGGCUGAGGAUUGCUACUUUGCAAUGAAAGCAUACAAAGAAGGUUAUACAUUUAAUUUUGUUGAAGGAGAAAUGUGGGAGAAAUCACCAUUCUCUCUGUGGGAUUUCAUGCAGCAAAGAAAAAGGUGGUUACAAGGUAUACUAUUAGUGGUCCAUUCCAAAGAGAUACCUCUCUUUCAUAAAAUCUUCCUAGCAAUAUCCUGUUAUUCAUGGGUUACACUGCCUCUGUCCACGAGUAACAUUUUGCUUGCAGCAUUUUGUCCAAUUCCAUGUCCUCACUGGUUAGACUUAAUUUGUGCAUUUACUGGGGCCGUGAAUAUUUACAUGUAUAUUUUUGGUGUAAUCAAAUCUUUCUCAAUAUAUAGAUUCGGGCCUCUCAAUUUCCUCCUACUUAUUAUAGCUGCUUUAGCAACAAUUCCAGUUAAUAUAGUCAUAGAGAAUAUAGCGGUGAUUUGGGGUGUUCUCGGUAAAAAGCACAAGUUUUAUAUUGUCAACAAAGAAAUUAAGAUCCCUGUUACAGUAUGAUUGUGUAUGUUAAAGUAAAUGACAUGGUAAUUGACUGCACAAAAUACUUAAGAAUUAUCUAGUUGAACAUAUGUGUAAUUGCAGUAAGUAUGUUAUUUAGAUUGUAGUUGAUAUUUAUCACAAUAAUUGAUAAAUAUUGUUAAGGUGUCCAUAGUCACACACUGUUACCAAAGAAUACAGUUAAAGAGUGUCUGCUUAAUUAUUUUAUUAUUGUUGGUUAAUUAU